AUGCAAGUUUUACAAUCAUCAUCCGACGAUAUGCUCGAAGAUGCACUCGGCACCACCGCAGAGAAGCCCCAAAGCAGUGAAACAUGGAAUUGGGAUGAUGAUCCAAGCAAUCCUUACAACUGGCCGACAAGCCAAAAGGUUCUGCAAGUGGCGAUGAUUGGUUGGGCGGCAUUUACAACAACCGUUGGAGUAUCUAUACUGUCACCUGCUCACUCGCAGUUUAUGGAAGAAUUUGGUGUUGGCAGCACCGUCGCUAUAUUACCCUUGUCGCUCUACGUUUUCGCCCUAGCCCUUGGUCCUAUCGUUGGAGGACCUCUUUCUGAAACUGUGGGGAGAUACCCAGUCUACAUAGGGGCGAUGACUCUGGGCACUUUAUUUACUCUAGGUGUUGGGUUUUGUCCCACAUUUUCUGGGCUUUGUGUUUUACGUUUCUUGGCUGGUUUCUGCUACGCACCAACUCUGGCAAUUGCGGCCGGAACUCUCAAUGAGACCUUCAAACCAGUCGACCGCGCUCUUCCCUCGGCUAUCUUUAUUCUUACGCCUUUUUUGGGUCCUGGUCUAGGGCCUGUCAUUGGAAGUUUCAUUGUCAAUCGGAAAGGCUGGCGUUGGACACAGUGGACAACGAUCUUCUUUGCGAUCUUCACUUGUAUCACAGUUGCGAUUGCCAAAGAGACUUUCCACCCUAUCAUCAAGCGUCGUCGUGCUAAGGAACUCGAAUUAGAGCUUCCCCCAUCACCCCCUCUCUCUUCGAAGUUACGCCUAUUUGUAACCAUUUCCCUCCUCCGCCCUAUCCACAUGCUCCUAACCGAACCAAUCGUUGGCUUCAUUUGCCUUUACAUUGCCUGUGAAUUUGCGACACUCUUCUCGUUCUUCGCAGCCUUCCCAUUGAUCUUCCAAGGUAUCUAUCAUUUCAACAUCGAGGCCUCCGGCCUUGUCUUCUUGACCAUUGUCGUCGGAUGUCUACUAGGAACUGUGACAGUCAUAUUAUGCAACGUCUUCCUUUACCUGCCGAAAGUCCCAAAACAUCCAGACGGGCAAGUACCACCCGAAUAUCGCCUCUAUCCAGCACUAAUAGGUAGUGUUGGACUGCCGAUUGGACUGUUCUGGUUUGCAUGGACUGCCAGAGCUGAAAUAUCCUGGGCAAGUCCUGUCGUUGCAAUCGUCGUUUUUGCAUGGGGAAAUCUAUGUGUCUUCGUGAGCACGACGCAGUACCUCGUUGAUACUUAUCAUGGUCUCACUGUCGCAAGUGCCAUGAGCGCCAAUGGUUUGGCUCGUUAUGGACUCGGGGCUGUGUUCCCUCUGUUUACCGUCCAAAUGUACACCAGGCUCGGUACGGAGUGGGCCUCAAGCUUGCUUGGGUUUAUUGCAGUGGCACUUUUGCCUGUUCCAUGGGUCUUUUUCAUGAGUGGAAAGAGAUUGAGAGCUUUGAGUAAAUAUGGGACCGCGGAGAAUAGUACUAAGUGA